AGCUCUGUAGACACUACCUGGAUGUAAACACAAACAACUUUAUUUCAAAUUAACAAGAUAGUGUUAAAGCCCUGUGAGAGUCCUUGAGAGGAGCCAAGACUCAAAAGAUGAACCCAUCCUCCUCUGGUCGACACCGGAUAGCAGUAGAAGAAGCAACAGCAUCAGACCACACAGGAUGUGCUUUUGAUGACAAAAAGAGGCUGUCAUUGCUAGAAAAACUGAAAGUGAAGUUGAUUCUACUCUUGGCUUACGCAAAACAUGGUGUCAUCAUUUACCACCACUUACACCAAGAAUUUUCACAAUUGCCACAGUUUCGUCUUUCUUAGAAAUGCUUUUACAAAUGGAGAAAUGUAAAAACAUAAAAACGCAGCAAUAUUCAUGUAAAUUAAUGUAAAAAACUUUUAUUUUCAAAGGAUUGACAUACAAAGAACUGAUUUAAAAAGCAAAUACGUAGUAAGGAGCAACACACAGAUAGAUUUGAAAAACAUUUACAGCUGAAAAAUUAUACAGAGAUGAAAAAAUGCUAGUCACUUCAAAAAAUCAGGUAAACAUGCAGCUUCAAAUAAGCGUGGGGCAUUAGAAGUGGAGGCUGUAGUUGUCUAGGGGCUGCUAUCUUUGGAUAGUGAAAUAGUUUUACAAAGAUUGCAUUAAAAAUUGUUUACAUUUCCACCAAAUUAUAGUAGAAAAGAACAGGAUACAAUAAGCCAUUUUCCAUUUUUUUGAUUUUGCUGCUUAGCAAUCAAGACCUAUUUGGAUAAACUCUUUUAAAUGGACGUAGUUAUUCAGCUGCAGUUCAAGCAUAAGUUGAGGUAGUUAGGUUUUUGGUUCAUGAGCUACUGAACAACUGUUAAUGAACCAUUUUCUAAUUUAUUUCAGUUUCUAGAUCAAAACAGGUGUAACUUUACGUCACAAAAACGAGUCUGUGGUGUGUUUUACAAGUUAUGAAAUGUAUGCUUGUUUUGCUUGUCCAGUGAACUCUUAGGGUUUGUAUUCAUUCCUCCACUACAAAAAUCUAAAGCAUGAAUCUAAAGCUGAAGCAUGAGAACAACGAUUCAUCAUGUCAUUGUGGUCAUGAGUCGGAGAUCUAACUAAUAUUUUCAAGGUGGGACUGAUCAAGAGGACAUUUAGACCAUGUACGCAGCAGGUAAAAGUGGCCCGAGUCGGGUUUUCUCACCAAAUUAGAUUUUUUUUGUUUGGCCGUUUGCUUCUGUAUAUGUAGCUCAAUAAAUAUUGCCCAUAUCGGUCUAACUUUUUAAUCAUUUAUUGUUCCUGGUAACCUUUAUCUUCCCUCCGAAUAGCAGUGCAAUCCAACACUCCCUUCUGGGUACAACUAUUGUUUUGAUGAUGAGUGUAUUAAACAUACAUAGAGAACGGAUUUGGGCCAAAAAUGGAUUCCUCUGUAAACUUAACCCAGUUCUGCGAUACAUGUACUCCGAGAGUAAUAGUAUCGUCCCAUCAACAAUGUGACUCAAACAUCUUGAAAAGAAACGUCUUUUCUGCUCCAGAGAGAAGCUCGUCUACACCUCAACACACGCAUCUGACGAGGAACUGAAGUGAAAAGAACUUGCCAGGGUGUCCUACAGUUGAAGUCCAUCCAAUGGAUACAGCGACCAGAGAGCAACAUCUGUACAUCUUGACCACACUCACCUACAUCGACACCGUGAAGGACUUUUGUGACACAGAACCAAACUGGACCUGUCUGAGGGAGUCGGAGAUAAAGAAGAUGAGAAACAUCAAAAGACGCACAGACAAAACAAAAUAUCUUAGAAUUGGAAGACAGAAGUUGGAGAAGAAGUUGGAGAAGGAGCUGGGGGAAGUUCUGAGGAACACUCUGGAGGGGCUUGAGAAACUUCAUCACUUCCUGGACGCAGUGGAGAAGCUAGCGGUCACCUCACCGUUCGUGUUCACAGAUGAGGUCUCCCUGACGAGGGGGGUCAGCCCUGCAACUGUGCGAUCGGUGAUUUUAACAGCCAGAACUGUGUCCCCACUCCUCAUCCACUUCAAGAGAGAUGAUGGAGCUUUCUUCUUGCCUAGCCUCCACAACCUGGACAUCCUGGCCUUCCAGCUGGAAAAAUACAUCCGCAUCACACAAGAGCUCUGCAUGAGCAUGAAAAAUCCUUCACUGAGGUUCAGCUGGAAUGUGAGUGAUUCCAUGGAAAAUACGACUGACCGUUUCACCCAACUGAACAAAAUCAGAAUGGAUGAGUCAUUCAGGCUGACAUACUUAUUUGGUGAGAAUACGAAGCACUUCUUUGAGACAUACAGUGGAUGUCGCUCUAGGAUGAUCCAGUUCCUGUCAGAUCUAGAGGAGACUGCAGUUGAGCUGGAUAAAAUGAAGAAGGGGUCCAGCAUCUCUACUGUGGCGGGCAGUUCGGUGGGUGCUGUAGGAAGUGUCUUCUCCAUUGUAGGCCUGGCUCUCGCCCCUGUUACUGCAGGGGUGUCCUUGGGCCUCACACUCACUGGGGUUGGGUUGAGGGUCACCAGUGGAGCCAACAGUUUAGUAACGGGUUUUACUGAAUAUGGAGUCAAUAUGUACCACAGGAAUAAAGCCAACAGCAUCUUUACAAAAAUGAUGGAGGAUGUGCAGAAGGUUCUAGAUUGUCUAGAGAACGCAGCUAGUAGUGAGUGUCCUAGAACACAUCUUCAUCUGGAUUACAUUGAUCUACAGCUUGAACAUUUGAAAAUGGCCUGCCGUACUAGGAGUCUAUUAAAAAGAAUUUUUGAUACCGUUGAUGGACCAUUGAAAACUUUUACAAGUGAGAAAGUGAUUAGGGUAGUUGGUGUGGGUCUUCAAGAAGGCAGUGAAGCUCGCAGCAUCCCUAGCCUUGCUGCAGACCUGCCGGACAUUGGUCGGUUGGCUAAGGGCACUCCUCUGGCAAUGUCAAAACUAGCCAUGGCCAAGUUAAUCGGCCUAAAUAUCGUCUCCAUUGGUAUGGAUCUUGGGUUCAUUUACAAAGGAAGCAAGAGUCUGGCAAACAAAGAAACAAGCGAAGACUCGCAGUUCAUCCGUUCCAGAUCAGCUCUGUUGCGCUCAGAGAUAGAGGCAUGGGAUAAGAUCUAUGACACUCUGAAAAAAAGGGAAAAUGACAUUCCAAGAGAAGCUGGAAUUCUAGAGCAACACUUUCCAAUAAUGUAAGAUUUGGCCCAUCCCAAAAAAAAGUAAAAGUGGAUAAAGCGGCUGACAAAGUAUGAAAGCUAUUAGAUCGUCUAAAAAUUAUACAAAUAUAUAUUAUAUAUAUACAUAUAUAUACACACAACUGGUAAAAGUACUUACAUUACAUUGCAAUAUACGCAUUAUGUUGUACCUGCUGAAAGUCUUUACAUGUUUUCUAUAUGUUAUGUUUUCUAUAUGUUUCUAUAUGAGUGUAACGUAUAUGCGAGUUUCACUAUAUGGUACAUAUUUUCAUUUUCAGAGAUUACAAUUAGAAAAAAAAUGCUAACAUAACAUAAUUCAUGCCAUUUCACUUAAAUGUCACUUUUAUGCCUCUCUGUCAGUGCAUAUCUCUCUCUCUCUCUCUCUCUCUCUCUCUCUCUCAUAUAUAUAGCAUACUUACCUGUUAUCUAAUAAUUUCCAUCAAUCAAGUUAUAUUUAGUGAUUUUGAUUUCAUGCACACAGAUCAAACUAAUCAUGUAAUGAUUUGAUGCCAUUAUUGAUUAAAAUUGCUCAUAAAAGCCAAAACACAACAUGUAUGUUUGCUUUCUUUUCAGUGUAAUGAUUCAUGGGAUACUAGGAAACAAUAAAAAAUGUUCAAAAUA